UGAUUGAUAUAUAACACUAAAUCCAUGCCCCUAAUAUCCAACGCAGAAACAGCCGAUACAUCAAAAUGUAAAAUUAUGCAUGCACCUAGACCUUCUGAUUUUAGUUCACAGAACGACAUUAAUCAAGACCGAGCCCAAGAUCACCAUCAUCAUCAUCAUCGCCACCACCACCACCAUCAUCAUCAUCAUCACAAUCAAUAUCAUGAGAACUCACCGCCAAUAAACGCAACAAAUGCAACAACGACAGCUGCAUCAUCAAAUAUUAGCAAUUCGACACCAAUCAAAGCCACGGCAGCCUUCUUUUCGUCGCACAUUAACGAGAAUUUCGCUAACUUGAAUCGAAAAUGGACGAAUCUGAAUCGACGUCGACGUCGAAAUAGCAGUUCUGGUGAUCCAAAAGAAUUGGACAUGCUUGUUUUGAAAUCUGUGGAUUGGGAUGAAAAUGAAAGCUUUUAAGGGAUAUCGGAUACCUAUCAACACUAAAGAUAAAA